AUGUGCACGGGAGAAGGAGACGCCAGUGUUACCAGUGGCCAGCCUAGGUCUGAGCGAAAAUGUGCACGGGAGAAGGAGACGCCAGUGUUACCAGUGGCCAGCCUUGGUCUGCGCGUGGGAGAGGACACCGAGACGUCCUCCACUACCACAGACAGCUCACAUCCUCACUGUAUUUUAUGUACAGGAAAAUGUGCACGGGAGAAGGAGACGCCAGUGUUACCAGUGGCCAGCCUUGGUCUGCGCGUGGGAGAGGACACCGAGACGUCCUCCACUACCACAGACAGCUCACAUCCUCACUGUAUUUUAUGUACAGGAAAAUGUGCACGGGAGAAGGAGACGCCAGUGUUACCAGUGGCCAGCCUAGGUCUGCGCGUGGGAGAGGACACCGAGACGUCCUCCACUACCACAGACAGCUCACAUCCUCACUGUAUUUUAUGUACAGGAAAAUGUGCACGGGAGAAGGAGACGCCAGUGUUACCAGUGGCCAGCCUUGGUCUGCGUGUGGGAGAGGACACCGAGACGUCCUCCACUACCACAGACAGCUCACAUCCUCACUCGUGGGAGAGGACACCGAGACGUUCCUCCACUACCACAGACAGCACACAUCCUCACUGUAUUUUAUGUACAGGAAAAUGUGCACGGGAGAAGGAGACGCCAGUGUUACCAGUGGCCAGCCUAGGUCUGAGCGUGGGAGAGGACACCGAGACGUCCUCCACUACCACAGACAGCACACAUCCUCACUGUAUUUUAUGUACAGGAAAAUGUGCACGGGAGAAGGAGACGCCAGUGUUACCAGUGGCCAGCCUAGGUCUGAGCGUGGGAGAGGACACCGAGACGUCCUCCACUACCACAGACAGCUCACAUCCUCACUGUAUUUUAUGUAUAGGAAAAUGUGCACGGGAGAAGGAGACGCCAGUGUUACCAGUGGCCAGCCUAGGUCUGAGCGUGGGAGAGGACACCGAGACGUCCUCCACUACCACAGACAGCUCACAUGAUGAUGGCGAUAAGGAAGUGGAGGUGACAAUGGCCUGUGAUACUGGAGUUAAGGGACAACGGAACCGAGGCAAGAACACUGAGGCCAAGAAAUCACCCCCUGCGGCCGCUGAGCGUAAUGGCGGCAGUGCCAGUUCUCUGGAGCUCGAGUGGGAGGAUGAUGAGAGAGAGGUGUUGGCCAAGAAAUCCCACAACACACGUUCUAGGAAGUCUAACAAUAAGUCCGGGAAAUCAUCAGAAAAUGGCCAGAAUGGACAAAACAACAACCGCAACAAGAACAGCAGUGGCACAAACAAGCAGAACAACACCAGGACUAAGGAGAAGCAGAUAUUGACUCAAAAGCGGAGCACUGACAAGUUACCUUCUCUGCCUAAACCUGUAGUGUACGAACCACCGCCACCUCCAUUGGGCCUGUGGGAUGAGUCAAGGGCAUCAUUCAGUGAUGUUGUAGCACGUUCUGAUGCAACCAAACAUGCCGUGGACACACCAAGCAACCUGCACUCUCUUCCGACGCCCCCGACUAAUGCCCCACCACCAAGUCACCUAGGUCCCAUUGGCUCCAAAAAGACGUAUCCAAGUGUGUGGAGCCGCUGGGGUGAGCCAAGUGAGCUGGGUACAGCCCCGCCGUGCCCCACCUCCGCUCCCGCCACUGCUACCGCCUCUAGCUUCUUCAUGGACAGUGGGCCAGUCUCUGUCAUGCAGAAUUCUGGUUAUGAUGCUGGCUGGGCUGAGCCGAACCUGAUCUUGAAGAUGCUGCAGGCUGAGGAACAGAGGAGGAUGAAAGCUGAGGAGUUCCAGCGGAGACCUGUUUACCAGGACACUUGGUCACCCUGGGAGCCGAUCUGCAGUGGCGCCACAACAGCUGAUUCUGCCCCGACCCCUACUCCGUCCUCUCUGUGGGGCAGUGAUGUGUGGGCCCCCCCACCACCUGACACCUGGGCCCCACCAGGUCUCACUCCUCGCCCUCCCCCUCGCCUCGAUGACCCUAGCAAUGCUGAACUUGACAUUGGUCUGGACUAUGACCCCUUCCGAUCUCUGAGCAACAUUUGGGCCCCCCAGACCCCAAACUUCUGGAAGCCCCCCACCACCAGUAACAAUUGAUCCGUCAACCUCUGACAGGGAGCAUUUCAUUUCAUUUUUCUUAUUCACAGAUGUUUAAUUUUCACAAUCCAUUUCAAAGAUCAGUUUAAUUUUGCCAUUUGAGGUGUCAAUGUAACCAUUUAACAUGACGACUCCAUAUUGAUAUUUAAUUUUACUGCCAACAAACUCUGGUCUUAGUUCGUAACACACCAAAGAUUGACGUCGUAUUGUGGACUGUUUGACUCUAGCUGUUGUGUCAGUCGGGCAUUCGCAGUGUGCCCAACUUUUCGACAAACAAGAAAUAAAUAUUUGUUUUUUAUAAA